AUGGCAUGGCUUAAUUGCUGUCUCAUCCAGUACUCGUUGGAAAAGGGCAUUUUACCAGGUACACAGGUAGCAGUGCAGCCUGGAGUUCAAACUCGCGAUCUUAUGAGCUUUCUUGCGGGCGUUAAAUGUUGGGCUAACAGGCACAAGGAACUGGUUUAUGCACUCAAGCGUGAUCAGAUGAAGGGCUUUGAUUACCUUGCACCAGAGGGAUUUCACGAUGCUGUUUGCUCAUAUGGAUUGCUGCAAUCCAUUGUUGAUAUUGAUAAAGCGGCUCACAAGGAAACCAAGUGUUUCAUUCGAACAGCUUACAGGGUCACUGUUCCCAUUAUAGUCUCAGAUGUUAACAAACAGGGUGGCCCCCUUUCCCCAAUCAAGUCUACAUUUACAACGAGCUUAGGUCACUACUACCUCAAUGACUUGAUGAGGAAUGAUUCUGACACCCUAAUUGUGUUGUCAAGUGCUCGCAAAAGGAAUGACCCACAUCUCAAGGAUGAUGGGAAUUGCCUGAUGGUAGCGAUGGUCGAGGCCACUGAUGACUCCUUCCUCUUUUCUAGAUCCCUCCCAUCUCUCAGAAGGAAUGCUCUUGCCAUGGAGAGAUUCCAAGCCAAAGUGGACAACCCAACUGCACAUUUUGAGGAGCUCAGGAACUUCAUCGAAACCUUCCAAUUCCCUCAUGUUCUUGGAAGGCUACCAAUAACACUGAUUCGCAAGAUUGUCGCACAGAACAUCGUUUCAAAGUGUCGUGCUAUGUUGUACUUACAACCAAUCAAGCAGUCAGAUGCGGAAGCAUUGGACAGACAGAUAACAGAGAAGGUUCACCUGGCUCUUGGCUUUCCUUUCAGGCCAUCAUUGAGGAUCACCACUCUUCCCCUCUCACAUCAUGGCUUCGACUUCCCCUCCAUCACCAGAAUCAAUGCUGGAAUUGUGGUUGUUGGGAUUUCUCAGGACCUCAAUCAUCACAUCCACAUGUAUCAAACGAUGGCAAGGAUUAUGAUGGCUGACUGGACGUGUGAGAAGAAUGGAUGUGUCUAUCUGCUUGAUGGUGAUGGGCUGCAAAAAGGAUUCUCACACUAUAUGCAGUCAAUUCCAGCAGGAUGGGUCAUUGCUCAGAAGGUCAUGAAGGACCUGCUGACACCUCUUUCUCUAAGAAUGACAGACCAGUCAUCAUUUGCUGGAGGUGAGGUAUCCCUGUUGCAUGUGGUCAAUGUCUGCAACCAUCGAAACCCCCAGAAAUUUGCUGACCUGAAUGGGAACACGCUUAGGUCUUUGCGAACGAAGGGGAUUCAAAGUUUGCAAGAUGUUGGAAGAUGGGUGAUCACAACAUCAGAUGGGUCAAUGAAGCUGGCUUCAGCAACGAUUGAAGAGGAGAAGGUUGUCCUUGGUGCCACAACUGGAGCAUUGACUUUGGUGUUAAAGAUCCCUGGGCAUAAUGUUUCCAUUCUUCAUGAUGAACAAAUUGGCCUAAUCAUAGCUUUGAUACUCACAGGAUGGAAUUCUGAUGAGGCGCAGUUCCUGCUCACCAAUCAUCAGAACUCUGUUAGGCUUAUCAAAGAUAAGAGGAUGGACAUGAACAUCAAAUACAUGCAUGCACAUACUGACAAAGAUACAAUGGAGGCAAGAAUGAAUCGUGAUGCCGAUUUUUACAUGUCCCAGUCCCAUGAAAUUGAGAGCCUGGUUCCCCAAUCACCGAUCCCCACCUUCCAUAUGAAUGACUACACCUUCUAUCAGGAUGGAGAUGGAUGGAUAGAGAGCAACAUUGGUGACUUCAUCAAUUUGUUGAUGGUGCAUGAGAUGUCCACGAAACUUGGCAUCGGCAACAGGCAUCAAAUGUCAACAUGGGCCCAUGAUCAGUCAUCGCCACCGGACUUUCCCUACCUGAGGGUGACAUCUACUCAUUUGGCGGCUGUGCAGCUCUAUGUGAGAUCUAGUCAGCUUCUGACAGCUGACGUACUUGUUGAGAGGGGCAAACUAUCAAGCGACAGGUGCAGAUUAGGAUGUGAUGAAAUCGAAGACAUGCAUCACGUCUUUGUUUACUGCAAGAUGUAUAGUGAAUGGAGAGCAGAGGCAGGAGCAAGUGUUGUUGAGUGGACUCAGUACUUUACCCUCCCCCAUGAGUUCCGGCAGACUCCAGCGGACUCCCAUAGAAUGUCGGAAUUCCAUCCGGAGUCCACCAGAAUGGUAGGAAUCUCAAAUUCCAGUGGAUUCCACCGGAUUAUGAAUGGAAUUCCAAUGGAUUCCACUGGAUUCUGA